CUCGGCGCGGCGGCCGGCAUGGGCGGCGGGCGGGCGGCGCGGGGCGGGCGCGCUCCCACACGGUGAGCGGAGGACCGGAGCGCCAUGGCCCAGCCCGUCUCAGCCUUCCAGGUCGCCUACAUCUCCAUCGAGGUGCUCAUCGCCCUGGUGUCGGUGCCGGGCAACGUCCUGGUGAUCUGGGCGGUGAAGAUGAACCAGGCUCUGCGGGACGCCACCUUCUGCUUCAUCGUCUCGCUGGCCGUGGCCGACGUGGCCGUGGGCGCCCUGGUCAUCCCGCUGGCCAUCAUCAUCGACGUGGGGCCGCAGACCGAGUUCUACAGCUGCCUCAUGGUGGCCUGCCCCGUUCUCAUCCUCACCCAGAGCUCCAUCCUGGCGCUGCUGGCCAUCGCCGUGGACCGGUACCUGCGGGUGAAGAUACCUGUCAGGUAUAAGAGCGUGGUGACCCCAAAGCGAGCAGCUGUGGCCAUUGCUUGCUGCUGGAUUGUCUCCUUCCUUGUAGGACUAACCCCCAUGUUUGGCUGGAACAACCUGAACAAGAUGAGGGAGUCUCAGAUGGUCAAUGCCAGCCAUGUGGGGCUUGUCAUCAAGUGCCAGUUCGAGACGGUCAUCAGCAUGGAAUACAUGGUGUAUUUCAACUUCUUCGUCUGGGUGUUGCCUCCUCUGCUGCUGAUGUUCAUCAUCUACUUGGAGGUUUUUAACCUGAUCCGCAAGCAACUCAACAAGAAGGUCUCGUCCAACUCGACAGAUCCUCAGAAGUAUUAUGGGAAGGAGCUGAAAAUCGCAAAGUCUUUAGCACUGGUGCUAUUCCUCUUUGCGCUGAGUUGGCUCCCACUGCACAUCCUAAACUGUAUCACCUUGUUCUGUCCCUCCUGCCAAAAACCCAUGAUCCUGAUAUAUAUCGCUAUCCUCCUGACUCAUGGCAACUCGGCCAUGAACCCCAUCGUGUACGCCUUCAAGAUCAAAAAGUUCAGGACGGCAUUCCUGCGAAUCUGGAACCAGUACUUCUGUUGUAAAACUAACAUGAACAUUAACAACAUCAACAACACUGAGCUGGACAACUAGGCUUGAGAGAGCAGGAGCAGAGCAAGCUGCUCCUUCCCACCAAGUCCAUGGGUCCCUUCAAUCCACCAAGUGGCCACCUUGGCUCUGCCCACAUUGUAAAUGGACUGGUCCUAGGAAGAGGGUCAAAAAGAGGACUUGGGCGAUCUGCAAUGGUCAGCCCUUUCCAAGUCCAACCAGACAUUUAUCUGAGCUAGUGAAGGGCAUUAUUUAUUCACAACCAUUGUACUGUUUUGAUAUUGUAUCCUGCACUGUUACUUUUUAUUUUGCAGGUGACACGUGUCUGGGUAUUUAAAGAGGAACUGUACAGCUGGGGAUGCCAUUUACUUUCAAUGCAAAUAAAACAAAAAAGAAAGCAGCUCUGCAGCAUGAACUAUGGACUCCUGCUCCCAGGAUUGUGUUGUGGGGCUCGGCCUUGGGGCUGGGGCAAUUGGAGGCUGCUGGAACCGAAAAGGCGAAGUGAGGAGCAAGGAGGCAAGGACCAGGGCAAUGGGAAGCAGAUUGAGGCUUCCAGUAUCACCAUUUACCUUUCAGGUUGUACAUGUCUCAUGAUGUACCUCUUCUCUUGAGCAGGGAGGGAGGGAGACGUCUGGGCAGACAGGUCGGCCCAUAUAGGAGAACAGAAGCAUAAGGCACUUUACAACUCCACUGGGCACUGAGGCACCAUUUUGAAUGCAAAUAUUUCAGCUUUCAGCCAAAAUAUUUGGGGGAAAAAACUGUAUUCUGACCAUGUGUAGGUAGAUGACACAGGAAGUAACUUGCCCUCAUCCUGUCUACCCUACAGCUUCCUCUAGCAAAUAGGGAGUUGUGAAAACCUAAAACUACCAGGGUAGACACAGGGCCUUGUUACACUGUAAUUUUAGGUGGCUUCUGGAGCUCUUAAACCCUGGAUUCGCUUCACUUGAACACCUUUUAAGUGGCUUAAAGCAGUCGUUACUCGUCUUAAAAGUUACACCACUCCAGGGUAGGAUUAUCUCUAAACUGCCUAAUUUUGCUUCAGUUCCAUUAAGAUGUGGCCACUUCCCACAGCUAUUCUGCCCAAAGUGAAGUCUUCCAGCAUCCCAGGAUGCAGUGGGCAAGUGGGGAUGCCAGGGCACAGUGGGAACACCCUGUGCCACUGCCAGUGGGAGCAGUGAACCAGUCUGGGCAGGGGGUCAGGCUCUGGAGGAAAAAAGGAUCGAGCCCCUCAGAGCUCAGGUGGUGUCCAGCCGGCCCACCUCCGAGGAGCCCGAUCCUUUUUUUCUUUGGAGCUUGCCCUGCCUGCUGACUUGGCACUGCCUGAGCUCGGAAGGGCCCGAUCCUUUUCAGAGCUCGGCUGGCACCUGGCCAGCUGGCAGCCCAGGCGGGGUGAGUGGGAUUUGGUGAAAAAAAAUGGAUCAGGCCCCUUGGAGCUCAAGUCGUGAGCUGGUCCAGAUGGUGGCGGGAGCACUGUGGUGGUCAGGAACUCCUGGGCUGUGGUGCUGGCUCUGCCUGCUCUGCCAAUGCCAAUAAAUUCCAGCGAUUAAAAAAGAAACACGCAAGACGUGAAGACAUUGUGGCUGACAGCACUGCCUUGGUUUGCACUAAGAAACAUUUAACUUAUAGGCUCCUAGUCUUGCCCCUGCUCGCCAAGCCUCUAGUGGCAAGCCGCAGCUCUACAGGUGGGGGACAGUCUCAGUCUCAUGGUUUUUGCCUUAAGGUGUGACUGCUCCACUAAACUGAACAACACUAAGCCGAUUAACAUGUCUUUAGCUUACAGCGUAAAAUGUAACAAGGUCCGCAGAUAUGGAGGCUCUGGGCUUGAGUUCAGGGCUCUGCACAGACUUCAGCUACCCUCUGCUUGCAUUGAACCUCCUUCUCACCUUAGUCUGAGCACUGAGUUGGGGUCACUUCUCAUGAAAACAAGGCCUCCUGUUUGAGUUGUCCUGUUUUGAGCCUUAAUUGAUUGCGCGGAAGCUCUGAAUGCAAGACCUGCUCCAAUAAUGUCUGUCCUGGGAGUACACGGUCAGCCUUAGCCAGUGCUGCCAGGCCAAUGGCACGAAGGACCAUAGUCUGAUGCAUCUGUGGUCUGGCAGAAACUCAGAUGCUGCAGCAAGCUGCCCUUUUGGAGCACUGCUCAGAGCAGCAGACGUCUGCCCUGGACGCUGUUUCAGAGGAAGCUCGUGGCGUGACAGCCACAGCCUCUUUCCUGGUCGCUGAAUUUUGAGUCAGGGAGCUGUGACAUCCAAAGUUUCCCUUCUCACCUCUGCUUUUGUCUAUCUCCUCAGUAGCCCUCAGUAGCUCAGGCAGAGCUCUCACCUCUCAGUCUAUUCUGGAAUAAAAACUAUUUAUUGCAAUCAA